CGAAAUCUCGGAAAGGAACGCGGAUAUCCCGUGCAUUGGAGACAGAGCUGGGGAGUCGUGAAUGGCGACAACUAAGUAUUAGUUACUUCCAAACUGGAAGCAGGCACCACUCGAUUAGAGUAAAAUACAUGUUCUGUCUCUAGCCGUGGGUUUGGGACUCAGCCUAGAUCCACUGGCACUUCAGGAGAAAUUUGGUUUGUGAAGAAAUACAGACAGUCCUACGACUAGGCCACUUAGAUCAUCUACACGCGAGCCGAUCUCUUUCAGUCUUUGCGUGGCCUCCACUGGCGAGCGGCUGCCGCUGUUCAUUGCGGGUGCAGCGGGCCACCAGCCUUCAGCCAACCGUGUGCGCCAGAUCGGGCUAGCAAGUACUUUCACUGCUUCAGGACCAGCGUAUCUCACCUAAUCAUCUUCUUGCAAAGCCGCUGAACUUAUUGUGUACAGCAGAAUGUCUUGCGAUGAUCCGUUCGACUGCGACGAGUUUGUGUGCAACAUUCAGCUGUGGAUCAACACUCUGAACGCCAAGUCACUGCGCAAUGCGCUGCAGGCGAGAGGACAGUUUCACGACCUGCAGCAGCUCGAGGAUCUCCAACGUAUUGAAAAGAUGGAGGGAGCGGACGCUCACAACAGUCGAGUUGUCAGCAUCCUGGUUCCCGGCGGGAAGAAGGCAUACAGGGAUCUGUGUGAGGCAGUUCUGGCAAUGAGUCCAUUGUUGCACGCCGAGCGCUACAAGCAAAUGAUCGCGCUAUUGCCGGAGGACAUGAGACCCGCCGCCACUGCCUAAGGUGCCGGGCCACUGAAGACAUCAGUAGAGUUCUCUUGAACUCUUGUCACCUUCAUUCUGGCUUGCAUCACGUUCAUGUGUUUGUGCGUGUGUUUGUGUGUGUUUGUGUAUGUUUGUGUGUGUGUAACAGUUAUGUGUGUGUGCGCGCGCGCGCGCUCGUUUGAGUUCAUGUGUGUGUGCACACGUUUGAGUUUGUGUGUGUGCACUUAACCAUGUGCUAAUAUGCCCUUCAAAAGUUAGCUAGAAUUCAUUCAUAGCCGUUAAACGGCUGUGAACGAAUACUAAAUACUAGUCUAUGUGCAAGCAUAUUCUUUCAUAUAGAACAUGAAAGGAUAAUAUUAUUAUUAUCAUAUUUCUGUUGGUCAUCAUUAACAUCCCUAUUGCUUCUUUUAUCUUCAUGAACAGCGCAAGCGAGGAAUGCCACCCAUGACAUAGUGCAUCUUUAUCAUUGUAUAUUUUAGUCUUACCACCACAGCACCCUAGACAUAGAUAGAAAGGUAUAUUACAUAAUUAAUAUAUCCUUAUUAUGAUCAUUCCAAGAUCAACCUAUGCUCAAUGGGACGUUGAAUAGAGUUGAAGACCUUGCA